GGUCACAACCGAUCAAACACAACACUGGCUGGGCUCAGUCGUCCCUAAACCAACAACAUAACUGGUCUCGCCAUCUCUCAGAAGUAUACAUAACUACCAAAAUCAUUUCAACUGAAAAACACCAGUAACUUCAUUAAUAGUGAAUAGAAGUUUUGAACACUUAGAGAAGUUGAGCGGUGAUAUUUUCCAAAUUGUAACUGCUGGAAUAAAUUAUCCCUAAACCAGCAAAUUCUUCAAGAUGGGUGAACGUAAAGGCGUCAACAAGUAUUACCCUCCUGACUAUGACCCAAGUAGAGGAGGCCUUAAUAAAUUUCAGGGCACACAUGCUCUACGAGAGCGUGCCCGGAAAUUGCACCUUGGCAUCCUUAUCAUUCGAUUUGAGAUGCCAUACAACAUUUGGUGCGAAGGCUGCAACAAUCACAUAGGAACAGGUGUAAGAUAUAAUGCAGAGAAGAAGAAAGUAGGAAUGUAUUAUUCAACACCUAUCUACCAGUUUCGCAUGAAGUGUCAUCUGUGUGACAACCAUUUUGAAAUCAAAACAGAUCCAGCGAAUUUAGAUUAUGAAAUAGUGAGCGGUGCAAGACGGCAAGAAAGGCGUUGGGAUCCCACAGAAAAUGAGCAAAUUGUCCCCGAGGAUAAGGAGAUAACACGAAAAAUGGCAGCAGAUGCAAUGUUUAAAUUAGAACAUGGUGUUGGUGACAAAGUCAAAUCCCAAGAAGUUGAUCCAGUGCUUCAAAAACUUGAAGAAUUUCAAGCAAGUCGUUGGCAUGAUGAUUAUGCAUCUAACAAAGCUCUUCGGUCAGCUAUGCGGGUAAAACGUAUUGAAGCACAAACCCAAGCAGCAAAGGAUGCCUCCUAUCAUAUAUUUGGUUCUCUUCUCCCGCCAAAUGAGAGUGAUGCCAAAACUGCCAAACUGCUGCAGUUUACUCAGUCCAAAACAUCAGAGCAGUUACAAAAGGAGAGGCGAGCAAUCAUAGAUAUCCAGUCAGUGUUUGCCAAGCUGAAGACAAAGAAAGUUUCGUCGGAAGCAAAGAAAGCUUUUGCUCAACAGUCGCUUAAGGAUAUUGUAGCUAAUUCACAAAAGAAUUUUGUAAAUUUUAAAAACACUUUAGGUCCUCAGACACUAGGGAUUGUACCAAGGAAGACAGGAUUGCAGGCCUCUUCAGAAAAGCUGAAUGAUGAAUCUGAAGGAGAAAUACACACAGCAGGAAAUGCUGCAAGUAACUCUGAUAGUGUGCAUAACAGUCCCACUUCAAGUACACCCACUUACACAACACACUUCUGCACCACAACACACACAGGUGCCCAAAAUAAUUCAAGUACAGAAUGUAAUAAUUGUCCAUCAAGUUCACAGUUUCAUUGCAGCAAGUCUGCUGGAAAUGCUGUUUCUCAGUCAGUCAAAAAGGAAACAGGGCAGAGUCUUGUAAGUUAUGACUCUAGUGCAACUGACAGUGAUGAUACCUCUUAAAAAAUAUUGAGAUUUUGCAAUAGAAUUGUUGGUCAUUGACUUGUUUUUAUCCUAUAUAAUAAAAUAUACAAAAUUAAUAUUUUCUCAUUUAAUGGGUACAGUAUUUGUAUAGCCUACAAGUAGACACAGCUUUGUGUUGACUGUGUUUUGCAGUUCACCAAGUGACAAGUGUGGUCUACUCUCCUAACAUUUCAUGUAUAUACAACUCUUACUUUUAUAUAUCAAAACAUUCUUCCUUUCUCUUAUUUACUUGACACGUUAACAUACCCCACUAUUUUUAUUUCUUGUUGUCAGGACUACUGCUUCCACUACUUGUGUGUGCUCUCUCUCUCUAGUAUUGCCUCUCUUACUGGUUGUACUAUACUUUACACCAGAUUUCACUCUUCGAGAUUAACAUCCUUUACUCUUCAUCACAUUUCAGAAAAUGCUUAAAAGGCAACCUUUUAAAGCUUAAAUACAAUGACACUUAUAAGCUUACCCUUAAUGAAAUUAUUUCCUAGAUACUGUACUGUACUUUCAACACUGAAUACUUUCUAACUUUUCCUUAUCUUGCAUCAUUCUUUUUACAGAAAUUACUGUAUAUUACUUGUCACUUUGCAUUUAUGUAAAACUGACAACACUGCCAUGAUUUUUGUUAAAAUUAAACAGUAUAACCACUAGAUACUUUUAGAACCAUUUUUUGUAUUAAUGUAAGAUCACAUUGCCACAAUACACUACUACACCAAAGUAAAAUUUUACUACAUGCUUUAAUAUAUUAGGUUGUAUGUGUAGUCCAAUAUUUCUAAACAAUUUAGAGAACACGGAGCACAGUUGUUGUAAAGUUAACAUGUGUAUGCCUUGUAUGGUUGAAAUUUUUAUAACUGUACCCCUAUUUAGUUAGGUAAUCAGAUUUAAUUAAAUUGUAUGUAGUACAAUACAGUACUUUAUAUUUUUA